AUGGCCGCCCGAGCCAACUACCCCCGCGACUCCAUGGUCAAGCUCGGCGACGCCUGGAGGCUAGCCAGGGUCUACCACGCCACGUUCACGACGGUCCUCGACGAGAGGCUACGGCCCGGUAUGCAGUACCACGUCCACGAGUCAUUUGUCUACUGCGCCCACCCUUACCACGGCCCCUGCCGGACAGACUACGGCCUGGUGUGCCAGCUCGCCGAGGGCGAGUGCCCGGCCUGCGUCCACGACAAGGGCCUCCCGCGCAAGAUCACGGCCCGCCGGGAGGUGAUGGAUGGCGUGCUGCCGCUGCUCACCGGCGAGUUCCUCAAGCCCUCGCAGGCCGUGUUCGAGUACGUCGCGCAGCUCGCCGUCCUGGCCAAGCACAUGGUCGCCCGCAAGGUCCCCAACGUGGUCCUCAGGGGCGCCAUGGUCGAGCAGUUGGUCAAGGAGGUGCGCGCCGAAGUCUUUUGCCGCUCCUUCGACGCCCACUGGGUCGGGCCCGGCGUGGCGGACUGCGGGUGCUUCUCCGAGGACUACGGCUACUGCGGCAACCUGGGCCGCUUCCUCCGGCAGCAGGAGGCCUGCAGGAUCCUGGACUUCCACAGGGACAUCGUCCUGCCCUAUGUCAACGUGCCGGACCCCGACGGGGACGACUGGGAGCUGGUCCUGGCCCGCGAGAUGAUCGCCGAGUGGUUCGUCGACCGCCGGGCCGCCAGGUUCGACAAGGUCGCCAUCUGCCACUUCGAGACCAACCCCCGCGAGGACCAGCGGUACCACGACUGCCUGCAGCGGCUCGAGGCCGCCGUCGUCAAGUACGCCGACCUCCUCCGCUUCGCGCUAGGGCCCGGCCGAGGAGGGCCCGACCGCACCGCGGAGCGCAACCUACGCGCACGCGCCGUCUUCCUCCGGAAACCCCUGCAGUGGAUCGCCUACGACACGGGCCUCGCCGACGGCCUCGUCGAGGAGAUAUCGGAGGUGGUCAUCCACUGGUACCUCCGCGUCGGCACGGCCCUGAGCCCGCCCGUCGACAACGCCGCCUGGUCGGCGCCGCUGCAGCUCCGGCGCGACGUCGACGCCACCCGCAGGGACAUGCAGGCGACCAUGGAGCGCCUCGACGGCGUCUUCUCGACGGGCGACCGCGCGGGCUGGCGCCUCUUCCGCGACCGCUUCCAGCGCCCGCCGACGCACGAGGAGAUGGAGGUCCACGCCCUCCGCCGCGCGCGCGCCGAGCUCACGGCCGCCGCCGAGGCCAGGCUCGCCCACGCGCAGGCCGCCGCCGACGAGAGCGUUAUCAGCGUCGCCGCCGCGCGUGGGUUGCGGCCGCCGGGCAACGGCGGGCCCAACGACAACGACAACCGUAACGGUGACGACGACGACGACGACGACGACCGCGAGUGCCCCGUGUGCGGGAGCCGCUUCGCCGACGACCCGACCGCCCGCCGCCCCGUCGUCGUGUGCGCGCGCCGCCAUCUCGUCUGCCGCGAGUGCACCGUCACCCAUGUCCUCAGCACGAGCGCCCACCUCCUCGAGCACGACCGGGAGAAGCUGGCCCGAUGUCCCAUGUGCCGGGGCUCCAUGGCCGGCUUCUACCGGGUCAACCCCGAUCCCGCCGACGCGCUGCGGUCGCCCCGGGUCCCGGACGAGGCCGCCGCUGCCCCGGUUGUGUGGUCCUGA